AUGGACACGCACGGGCACGAGAUGAUAUACGAAAACGUUGAUCUGCUAACGCAUUUCUACCCUGCCACAGAAGAAUUGAAAUCCCUGUUGUGCAAAGAGAUGUUCUCGAAGGUGAACAAAGCUGCUUUCCAAGAAGUCGUCCACUACCUAUUGCGCAUCCUGAGCCCAGAAUUAACGAAACAGCGCGUCACCUGGCCGGUGUUCGACUCCGAAACGGAGAUAAAAUUUCGCAAGGAAGUCCACCAAUUCAUCCGCGAAGUGAACGAGCAGCACCAUUGGGAUAUCCCGCAGUUGCCCGCCUCGCACUUCAUAUCUCCGGGCGGGGGCCGUAUCGUGAAAUUCCUGCUCAAACUGUCGCAGCUAGUUAUAGCUGAACACCUCAGGCGCAGCGGAGUAGAGCACCUCUUGCUCCCUCCGAAGCCUGCAGAUGAUGCAAGCCAUCACAGUAUUUUCAGUAUUUUGAGGAAAGCUACACGACAAGUGCUGGCUGACACUGGGAAGAUGAUCGAGCAGUUCAAGGAAUCGAAAGAAAAAGCGAAGGCGGAAGCUGCGGAAUGCGAACGGCAGCUGAACAAAGUAAACGCCGAGAUAAAGGAGCUGACACCCGUUUUGGAGUUGAAGAGAAGAGAGGCUGCGAACAAACAAGGCGAAUUGCUAACCGCUCAUCAAUUAGAAGAGAAAUGUAACGGGCUGAAAAAGCUGUGGAAGGAAUUGGAAGCUUCGAAAACAUUGUUUCCGGAAAUCCUGUCCAUUUUGGAAUAUCUCUGA